AUGACGCUCAUGAGGCUCAGAAGAUUGUCGAAGACGAUUCUGAGCAAGAAAAUGCGUUGGGAGUUUGAAGAAAGAAAGCUCUGCCGUUCCAAUGUAGUCAGAUUUCUGGAUAGUCACUUAACAAGCUCAAGCGUAAGAGUGCGCUAUCUGACCCUAGAACUGAUGUGCUGCACUGUACCAAGACUUGGCAGCAAAACCGACUACUUGUUGAACCCUGUCAUGCCCAAAGUCAUUCGUCGAUUAGGUGCCGAAGAAGGGAAAGAAAUGAAGCUGAAAGCAUUGCACUUUUUGCGAGCGUACUUUCGUCAUACAGAAGACCUCAAAAAGUUCGUAGAAGAUUUUUUAUACUACGGAAUAGGAAGUGAUGACAGCACAAUAAGAAUAACUUGCUACUUAGGUUUGUCCAUUAUUUUCGAUCAGGACAUUGGAGAUGAUCUGUAUUUUUCCAUACUCAAUGACGUUGCCAAAGAGUUAGAAAGGAAAAUGUCGCCCAUUUUGGUUCUCACUGCAUUUCGAGCAAUAAAGCGAAUACAUGAAAUGGUAUGCAGCGACAGAUUUUUCACGCUUUUGAAUCGCAUUCAUCCCGAAUCUAAAGAAGUUUAUAAGACUCUGGUAGAGCACGAGGAAUGUGACCAGUUUCUCUCGUUAGUCUCACCAGAUUGCACCACUGUAGUUGCCACAUACCAAGCAAAACGAAACGAUCUCGGACUUCGUGCGGAUUUCGGAAUAGCGGAACAUCGGUAUUUGGAUCGAAUCGGAAUGACCAGAGAAUGCGAAAGAGCGUCGGCUGUAAGCGGCUUCACGUUAGCGAUAAAACGUUCCUAUUGGACUGAUGCGAAUUUGGAAUGCCACCUGCUAGACCUGUUAAAGUUUAUAAGUUGCUUGCUGUCCGAUCAAAAUAGGCUCAUUCAAAUGAACAGUUACGAUAUUUUGAAAGAAGUUAUAAACAGGAUGAGUUUCCAUCUAGCAUCUGAUCUACGUUCUAUUGUUGGAAUGCUGAGAAAAGGACUCAUCUCUCGGAAUAUCAAGAUCCAAACUAGAGCCGAUAGGCUGCUCCAGAAGUUAAUGCGUAACAUUCAUCCUAUGACAGUCAUCUGGGAGUUAUUAAAUACAAGGAACCCGCUUCAGAAGGAGGCUGCCCUUCGUUUCAUCGCUUCAAAAUUGGAGUGCCUUCCCUACUAUGAAUUGGACAUGGUUUCCCUCUGCAACGCGAUCGGGUAUAUGUUAGAAGAUCCAGAUGCAAAAAUCCAGGCUGCAAGCGUGACGUGCAUGAAAGAACUUUGGAUCAUAAUGAAGAAGUGCCCAGUCUUCGGUAUCAAAGUUGAGGCUAUCCGGAUCCUUUCCACUAACUGCCACUUGAAAAGUGAAACACUGAAGCUUCUUGGUCUGGUGGAAGAAAAUGACCAAGAAUAUCUUGAUGAGUCAGAACUUUAUUCUGAAGAUGAGACAUCGGAAUCCGCAUUGUCAAGGCAGUAUGAGUCGGCAAGCACUUCUACAACUCUUGUGUCUGAGCAAGAGGUGCCUGACACGCCCACAACAACGCAGGGAUCCAAUGUUUGGCCUCGAAAACUUUCAGCAGCCGGGGAGAGGAUUGAGUCAGACGACAAUGAGUCCACUCAAAUAAAAGAAACGGAGAAGGAGUUUGUAACGCCUGAAAUGAAUGAAACAGAUGACGACGCAGAAGGAAGAGUUACCCUUGCCAGCGAGAUAAGAGACCUAGAGUACGCUUCUAAAGCAGGCACAUGCUCUUGGGCUGAAAAAUUCGAAGAGGAAAUAAAAAUUCUGCAGCCUUAUCAAAGUACUGAAGUCGCAGAAAUUGCUAUGAAGAAGGCAUUAGAAGAUUUGGACGGAAAGAACUGGAAGGACAUAGAAGAUGCCAUGACGACUCUCAUCGUCCUCGCCAUGCACCACCCGGAGCUUAUCAGCGACAGUGGAGGCAAAAUUGUGGUGGCCAUUUGUGCUGAAAUUAAGAGCUUUCGUCAGUCUGUUGCCGGAAAAGCAAUUCUCACCGCUGGACACGUGUAUGCCAGAAUGGGAAAAUGCUGGGAAUCGAAACUGAAGGUGAUUAUCCAGGCCCUCCUCUCGAAAUCUGGCAAUCGAACUUCUGCCGCCCUUUUCCGUCUUGUCAUCAUAAGCUUGUUCCGGAUAGCGAACUCGGUAUCUCCUCAGAAAGCUGCUCUAGCUUUGGCAAACGAGGGGUGCAAACAUGCAAAUCGGACUGCCAAAGAAACCGCAGCUCAGUUCCUUUUCUACUUAACCGAAAAAAUGGGACCAGAAAUUAGUUUAACUGGCUACAUAGCGAGCCACAUGCUCAGAGCGGCAGCUAUUUUUGUAUUGGACAGUUCAGCCCUCACUAGAUAUUGUGGAAGACGUAUGUUUGGAGUGUUGAUGAAGAAUAAAGAAUUUAAUAAAUUAAAAGAUCAUUAUCUAGACAUGAAUACGUUACAGAAUUUGGCAAAAACUCUUGAUUUGAUAAAAUCGAAAAAUAAUAAUGUCAACCACGCGGGAUCCCGGAAACCCGCGGGAUUAGCUCCUUACAAUCCCGAAAUCCAGCGGGAAUGA